AUCUCGGCUUCUACCUGCUGGAUAAGUUCGGUAUCACACUCUCCACACGGCGCCAUAUUAGACAGACAUUAUCCAGCGGUACAUGGCUGAGGACAGAGCCUAGGAGAAGGAGCAGUAAUCCGGGUGACAAGUGAGCACAGCCCUCCGUACUGAACCACACUUUAGGGCACAUGCUGUAUGGUGUCCGACCUGUAACACGGUAAGACAUCCCGGCUGUUCGGUCCGAGGCGGGUUGUUUCCGUCGUUGUUGAGCUGACUCGCCGGCAGACAUGACUUCCCUCAAUCAGCGGAGCUCAGGCCUGGUGCAGAGGCGGACUGAAGCCUCACGCCUAGCCGCUGACAAGGACCGUCCGUCCGGUCAGGAGGAGGACGAGAACCGGCGGGGAGACGAGCAGGACGACGACGACACCGGAGACUCCAAAGAAACCCGUCUCACCCUAAUGGAAGAAGUGCUUCUGCUGGGACUGAAGGACCGAGAGGGUUACACCUCCUUCUGGAACGACUGCAUUUCCUCCGGGCUGCGCGGCUGCAUGCUGAUUGAACUGGCCCUGAGAGGACGCCUGCAGCUGGAGGCCUGUGGCAUGAGGAGGAAAGGUCUGCUGGCUAGGAAGGUGAUCUGUAAGUCCGACGCUCCGACAGGGGACGUCCUCUUGGAUGAAGCUCUGAAACACAUCAAAGACACACAGCCUCCAGAGACGGUGCAGAGCUGGAUCGAACUUCUCAGCG